CGGGCAUUGGAACUCAAUUCGUAUGUCUCUUCCUUGCUGCAAAUAACCAGGAACACGCUGCUGGUAAGCAGAGAGAUCGUGUUGCUUUUUAUUCCACUUCAAUCGGUAUUCAUGAGCUUAUCUUAUUGCCACCCAACGACAAUCAGCUUCGCUCCUAACCGACUGUGGCAACUACUAUAGGCGUUCAGGUUGGUUGCAUGUGUGGUCGCGCCGGGAGUAUUCCCAGUUGCAAUCCCCUCUUUGAUCCCUCCCUCAUGAAAUCAACCGUGUGUAGACGCGACCCUUUUUUGCCUUCUUCCUGUAUCUUCUCCCCACUGAAACAUUCUUGAACUCUGAGGGUGGUCUCAGCCGCCAUUCCUCCCAACGCACACAGCAACUACGGCACAGCACAUCACGCGUAUUAAUCUGGAACACCGCCAACGGCAUGGCUUCGAUACAGGAUUUCCAAGACGUCUCACGACAGCAACCGCCCGUGCCGCCACAACAUGGCCACCAGCGGUCCAAAUCCAAUGUUUUCUCCUCGUUCAUGCACAGGCGGAAGAACUCUGACGGCAUCGCUCUCCCGGCCGCAGACCUAAGGGCUCCCGCCUUGUCCGAAGUCGUCACGCACUUUGCCGCCGACGAGAUGCGCAUCCCCAAUUUCUCGAGACGCCCUCCCGCACUUGGCGAACUCCAAAAUAUCAGCGCCGACGGUCCGCCUCCUCGGGCCUCCAGCAAACCAUACGACUCCCGAUCACGAUCGAAGUCUCCCGUGAAGACCACCAGCGCCUUCUCCUUCGCAGCAGAAGGCACAGCCGACGACAAACUCCCAAAAGAUGACAGAAACAACGAAUCAGACUCUCUGCACAACCCAAAGAAGACCAAGUCUGCCACAAACCUGGUCAGCCUGUUUCGCCCGAAGAGCCUGAAGAAUCUACACAAGCUGGUUAGCGAAGAGGACACGAGAUCCAAGAAAGACAAGGAGAAUCAGACACCGCCGCCUCAGGAGGAAUACCGCCCGCCCAUCUACGCCCAGUUCUCAAGUGGAGCUCUGGAGAAGCAACACCCCCAGGACUACUUCAGUCAGCUGGGUGGCAACAUGGGCCACAAGACACCACGCACUCCGAGCGACAUGUCCAAUGCCUCCAAUGCCUCCAACAGAAAGCAGCGCCCUCAAUCGUAUCACACAAGCGCCACACAACCUCCCGACGUCACGUCAGGCUCCAGCAGCUUCAAGGCAUCCUCACCCUCCAAAACUCAGCGUGGGCUUAAGGUGCUCACGAGAGGCCUGGUUGGAUCAAGGUCAGAUGACUCUCCAGCAAGCAGGAACGAGAGAGAUAUUGAUCCCAAGGAUAUCGACAAGCACUUGGAAGCCCUGUUGGACCGGAGAAAUAUCCCCGAGAACCAGCGAUAUAAGAUGAGGAAUCUGGCAAACACCAUCAAGAUGGAAUUCAUCCGCCAAGACUGGGCAGAGACAAACAUGGCGCCACCCCGCACAAGCACCAAUGAUAGCGAUGGCAGCAUGAAUAGCAACAGUAUCAACUCCGGGUCCGAGAGGGGGCAUGGCAAGUCCAAGAAGCCCCGACCCUUGAGCUUCACCCUCUCCAAGAGCAGCAGCAAAAAGACCGAGCCCAGCUCGCCAACCAAGAGCAAGGUCAGCGGUACCUUGGGAAGGCAUUUCAGAAGCAAGUCGACCGACAGCGUGGAUCGGGAGCGCCCAACUUCCUCGGGAUCAAACGUUUCUACCGGUGGUGGUGGCUUCAUGUCCAGGUUCAAGCCCGAACAAGGACCUGCAGACUUUGUAGCUUACCUGCGCAAAGUACAGAAACCCCAGUCGGUCGAGGUUGGCAAAUUACACAAGUUGCGACUGCUGCUUCGGAACGAGACAGUGUCCUGGACAGACGAGUUCGUAAGGCAAGGUGGCAUGGAAGAGAUCGUUGGCCUGCUCCAUCGCAUUAUGGACGUUGAGUGGAGGGAGGAACACGAGGAUGCUCUUCUACAUGAGAACCUCCUGUGUCUGAAGGCGCUUUGCACGACCGGCCUCGCCCUACAAUACCUCCAUUCGAUCCAAGGCACUCUAUUCCCUGCAUUACUGCACAUGAUCUUCGAUCCAGAGAAGAAGGGCCCGAGCGACUUCACAACACGCCACAUUAUCACAUCAGUCCUAUUUACAUAUAUACAAUCUGCCUCGCCGGAAGAUCGUCUGGUACGCGCCAAAACGAUACUCGCACACCUUCGCGAUCCCGAACCGAAGGAGGAGGAACGGCCUGUCGAAUUUGUGCUUGGGAUGCGCCGUGAUCGCCCGUACCGUGUCUGGAACAAAGAAGUCGUUGGCGUCACCAAGGAGGUUUUCUGGAUAUUCCUACAUCAUCUCAAUGUCGUAUUUUUGCCCCGCGAGAAGGAUCAGUCCAAUAUCUCUGGUACUGCUCAACCUAAAGAUGGCAUGGCAUACAUGCAAGCGCACUUCCCACAGGAACGCCCACCCGUCCCGGCCGCCCCGUAUGUUGGUGGUGUGGAAUGGGACGCAACGAAUUAUCUCGCCUCACACCUCGAUCUGCUCAACGCGAUUUUGGCCUGCACGCCGACUCUAGAAGAGCGGAACAGAUUGCGCGAACUGCUCAAGAUCUCUGGCUGGGAGAAAUGCAUGGGCGGCUCGAUGCGCCUGUGCAAGGAAAAGUUCUAUCCGGGUGUUCAUGACGCUUUACGAUGCUGGGCAGCCGCUGCGUGCGAAGAUGGAUGGGAGGUCAAGGAUGUACGAUAUGGACCGCCGGCGGAGCCAAAAAGUCCCAUCAAGAGCGCCGCGAGCAGCCCGAAGAAGAAGAUGCCGCCGCCUCCUAGGAUUGAGAUGCCGAAGCUGGAUUUUGCGCUCGAACCGCCUAAGCUUCUCAGUGAUGGGAGGACUCGCUCUCCUAUGCUCGGGUCUCCUAGCGGUUGGCUCUCUUAGCGGCAGGUUUUGAUGAGAAAGAGUGGGCGCAGGCUAAGAGGGCCGAGUAAUUCAGAUUCAC